AUGCCGCCUAAGCGCAAAGCGCCGACAGCAGCAGACGUAGCGGCCGAGGAUGACUGGGACGAUAAUGAUGAGGGUCCCAUGAGCGACCAGGACACGUUCGACCAGCUCAAGGAAGAGUUUGACGUCAAGGCCAUGACAAAGCGAGCGCGCGCUGGGAGAGUCAGAGACGCCGCUGCAGACCUGUUCAGAAAGUCGGACCAGUGGAGUGCGCCGCUCAAGCCUGACCACUUCAACCGUCCGCUCUGGGUCAACGAUGCGGGUGGCAUCAUCCUCGAGUCCUUCCACCCCCUCUUCGAUGAGGCACAGGACUUUUUGAUCAACAUCGCCGAGCCGCAGUCGCGUGUCUCCAAGAUGCACGAGUACCAACUUACCACCCACAGUCUCUUCGCCGCCGUUAGUGUCGGUCAUUCCAAGGAGGAGAUUAUCGACAAACUGGACCGCUACUCCAAGACGGCAUUAUCUGCUGCCAUCAUACAGUUUGUCGAAAAGUCUACGUCCGCUUUUGGCAAAGCUAAGAUCGUCUUGAAAAAGACGCUAUCAUACAUUGAGAGUGAGGAUCCGGCCAUACUCCAGAAACUUCUCCGCGAUCCCAUCGUCGCAGGCUGCAGAGCAGACGCCACCGAUGGUCUCAUCAAGGAGGCUGCCCCUAAGAUUGGUCAGAUGGCCAUCCCCGGUACCAAGCUAGCUGCUGGCGCCAACAACAUGGCUCAGCAGCCACAGCCAGAAGCAGUCCAGAACCCUGCACCCAGUGACAUGGUUGCCGCCCUUAGGGAAGACGACGAUGACGACGAAGUAGCACAGGUUCAUUCCUUUCAGAUCAGGAGUGAGGAGCGCGAAAAGGUCGUCAAGCGCUGUCGAGCCAUCGGUCUACCGCUUACCGAGGAGUAUGAUUUCAACAAUGACGACACAAAUCCAAACUUAGAAAUCGACCUCAAGCCCCAUGCGCAGAUAAGAUACUACCAGGAAAAGGCACUUGGUAAGAUGUUUUCAAAUUCCCGAGCACGUUCAGGCAUCAUCGUGUUGCCCUGUGGUGCAGGUAAGACAUUGGUUGGCAUUACAGCCGCCUGCGGUGUCAAGAAGUCUGUCAUGGUCCUGUGCACCAGCGCCAUGUCGGUCGUUCAGUGGCGAGCCGAAUUCAUCAAGUGGUCCAAUAUCAACCCUGAGGAUAUUGCCGUUUUCACUGCAGAUAACAAAACCAGAUUCCCUCGCCAGGCUGGCAUAAUUAUCAGCACCUACUCUAUGAUCAGUAACGCGAGGAAGCGUUCGCACGAUGCUGAGAAAGUGAUGCAAUUCAUCCGAGAACGAGAAUGGGGACUGCUGAUCGCCGACGAGGUGCAUGUUGUACCGGCAAACAUCUUCAAAAAAGUCACCUACGAAAUCGCUUCGCACGCAAAACUCGGUCUAACCGCUACCCUGCUGCGAGAAGACGACAAGAUUGACGAUCUCAAUUUCUUGAUCGGGCCCAAGCUGUACGAAGCCAACUGGCAGGAACUGUCCGAACAGGGCCAUAUUGCCAAAGUCCAGUGUGCUGAGGUCUGGUGCCAGAUGACUCCCGAGUUUUAUACCGAAUGGCUGAAGCCUUCUUCACUACAGAAGCGCGCAUUGCUGUCAAUUAUGAACCCAAAGAAGUUUCAAGCCUGUCAGUUCUUGAUCAAUUACCACGAAUCAAGAGGCGACAAGAUCAUCGUCUUCUCCGACAAUGUCUACGCGCUGGAAAAAUACUCGCGUAAACUUGGCAAGGCGUACAUUUACGGAGCGACCCCUCAACAAGAACGUCUGAGAAUUCUGGAGAACUUCCAACACAAUGACCAAAUCAACACUAUCUUCCUGUCCAAGAUUGGAGACACCAGUUUGGAUCUUCCCGAGGCGACUUGUCUCAUUCAAAUCUCAUCACAUUACGGUUCGCGCCGUCAAGAAGCCCAGCGCCUAGGCAGAAUCCUGCGGGCCAAGAGGAGGAACGACGAAGGCUUCAAUGCCUUUUUCUACUCCCUCGUCUCCAAAGAUACAGAUGAGAUGUACUACUCCUCCAAGCGCCAAGCCUUUCUCGUCGACCAAGGCUACGCCUUCAAAGUCAUCACCCGUCUCGAAGGCUUAGAUUCAUUCCCCCAGCUGGCGUUUGCAACACCACAGGAACGAAGAGAGCUGCUCACAGAUGUCGUGCUUGCCAAAGAAGAAGAUGCAAAGGCAGAGCGGAUCGAAGACGACGCGUUUGGCACAAAGUACGCUUCGCAAAAGGGCAACAGGAAGAAGAAUGGUGUGCGGAGGGCGGCUGGUACAUUGUCGGAGUUCUCGGGUGGCCAAACUAUGGCGUAUAUGGAGGUCAAUAAGAGUAGGAAUAAGGAUCUCAAGGGAACUAAGGGAGUGCAGAAUGCUUUCCUGAGGAAGCUUGGCAGGUCGGGGCCGAAGAAGUAA